AUGACGCUCAUCUUUUCCUGGAUCUUUAUACUCGGGCUCGUCGUGCCGGACUUGUCGUCAAGCUUGCUGCACUGUCCGCAUCGGUGCCACUGUGACGACGAGAAGCUGGACGUGAACUGCGAGGAAGGACACUUGGAUGUACUGCCGAUAGCGCUGAACCCUUCGAUCCAGCGGCUGGUGAUAAAGAACAACAAAAUCCGCAUCAUCGACUCGUCGAUCCAGUUCUACUCCGAGCUGACGCUGCUCGACCUCAGCUUCAACUAUCUGUUCAACAUCCCGGACCGCACGUUCGCACACCAACGUAAGUUGCAACAGCUGCACUUGAACCACAACAAAAUCAGCACCAUCUCGAACCGCACGUUCAUCGGGCUCGGUGAGCUGCUGGUGCUGAAUCUGCGGGGAAAUCUGAUUGACCAGAUCGACGCGAUGACGUUCACCCCGUUGGCGAAGCUGGAGGAACUGAACAUGGGGCAGAACCGUAUCGCCAGCGUCGGACUGUCGGUCGGGGCGUUCGUCGGUAUCGGUGACCUAAAAAUCCUCCUUCUGGACGACAAUCUGCUGAGUGUGGUGCCACCGGAGGACACACUGAAGCCAAUCGACAAGCUGGCGGAACUGUACCUCGGCACGAACCCACUCGGACACGUUGGGAACGGUGCGCUACAGGUGCUGUCGGAGCUGACGUUGCUUGACCUGCGCAGCGCUCUGCUGCCCAACGUCACCGGUGGCACGUUCGGUGGCAUCGAGAACUUGAAAUCGCUCAAUCUGGCCGACAAUCAGUUCCGGCGGGUGCCAUCCGAAGCGCUCGGUGUACUGCGACGCCUGGAGGAGCUGGCCAUUGGCCAGAACCACUUCGAGUCGCUGCCGGCACACUCGUUCCGAGGGCUCUCCAAUCUGAAGCGCUUCGAGCUGAAGGGCUCGCUGUAUCUGCGGCGCAUCGAGCAGGCCGCCUUCCAGACCAACACCAAUCUGGAGACGGUGGUUAUCGAGUCGAACAAGGCGCUCACGGAGCUGCAGGAGGACACGUUCGCUGGGUUGCUCUACCUGAAGCACCUCAGCCUGCGCAACAACGGGCUCGAGCGGCUCGACGAGACCAUGUUCUCGUGGAACAGUCUCCGCACGGUCGACAUCUCCGACAAUCCGAUCAACUGCGAUUGCUACUACUCGAAGCUGUUGCGCCGUCUGCAGGCGGCGGCCCGCAUCAGCUACAACGCGACCGGCUGCCCGCAGCAUCUGCCCGACCAGUGGGAGUGUGAGUAUCUGCUGGAGAAGAACAAGAACCUGAUCUCGGUCGUGGUGCCUCUGGUGGCCAUCGUGACGGCGAUCGCGCUAGCCUUCUACCGUUUCCGCGGACUGCUGCGGGAAUACGUGAAGAAUGGGUGCAAGAGUAAGGCGGCCGCUAGUGUGACUCCCGCCGGCGGUACGCUUCCGGUGUUGGCCCCGAUUGGCCGCACCGAGCUGGCGACGGUCGUCGACUACGAAAAGACGCUCUCCGGCGCCACGGUUCCCGCCGACGAUGACUACGUGAUUCGGGCGACCAACCUGUACCACGCAGGGGCCGGCCAACCGAUGCUGAGCGGAGGCUUCCCGCUGUACCUGCAGCAGAAUCCGGCCACCUACUACAGCAAACCGCUCCCGAUUACGGAGUUAUAG